GCUAACAACAAAGGGAAAAGCUAACCAAAGAAGCGUGGAGUCUCCGGAUGAGGAGACUGCUCCCCAACCAACAAAGAGAGCUCGGCUGGGGACUGAUGUGACAGAGACUGUGAAAGAUGGCACAGUAUGGCAUGAAGAACAGGUGGGAACGGGUCCACAUUUCACCCCGCCAUCGCCAUACAGCGCAGAUGGAGAGCCAACAGCUAAGGCCAGGAGGUCAAUCACAAGUCGUCUUCAGAGCUUCCUGUGUUUCAUCACUCUGGACAUGCUUGGCAUCAUUCGAGACUGUACAGUUCAACAUGCAAAGCAAACGGAGCAUGUGGAUUGGUUCAUGGGCCUCCCUGAACUAAUGGCAUUUAUUUCCAUCACCAUCAUGCGGGGAAUCAUCAGGGUGCCAUCACUGCGUGACUGCUGGUCGAAAAACCUGGGAAGCCCACAGAUCAUCGAAACCAUGUCCCGAGGGCGUUUCCAAAACAUCAUGCAUCACCUGCGCUUUGAUGACAGAGACACCCGCAGCGAGCGAGCACAGACCGAUAAGUUUGCUGCAAUUUCAAACAUAUGGGGAUUGUUUGCCACCAACUGCAUCACAUCCUACAUCCCUGGUCAACACAUCACCAUCGACGAACAACUUUUCCUGUCCAAGACUCGCUGCUGUUUCCUACAGUACAUUGCAUCUAAACCAGACAAGUUUGGGAUCAAGUUCUGGGUGGCGUGUGACUUGAAAACCAAAUACGUUUGCAACAUCCUCCCAUAUCUUGGCAAGGACGACACUCUGCCUCGUGGGGAGAGAGUGUCUGAGAGUGUAGUCAUGAGGCUGAUGGAACCAUUCUUGGACAAGGGCAGAAAUGUUACCACGGACAAUUUCUUUACAUCGCUGUCACUUGCAAAACGACUACUUAGCCGGAAUACAACCAUCCUCGGCACAGUCAACAAGAUUCGUAAAGAAAUUCCACCGUCAACUCGACAGAUGUACCGCGAUGAAUUUACCACCCAGGUAUUUUCAACCAUUGGUGCCACACUGACGGUGUAUGCGCCCAAGCGGAGGAAGACUGUAUAUGUUCUCAGCAGCAUGCACAGCACCAUUCAGACACAGGAUACCACCAAAAAGAAGCCAAACAUCAUCACACAGUACAACACAACAAAGUGCGGCGUCGAUGUCAUGGACCAGAUGGUGCGGGAGUACACUGUCCGCGCAGAACACGGCGCUGGCCAGUAG